AUGGCGCCCCCAAUGCUCCUCCUGCUCCUGGCGUUCUGCUCAGAUCAUCCCAACUGCGAAACAAGGCCAGUGACAUUCCGUGAUUUCUCUUCUCAAGUGUUGACAAACACAGCCCUUCUGGGCAAAAGAGCUGGCCUUGUCCUGGGCUCUGAACAUGAGACACGUCUGGUGGCAAAGCUAUUUGAAAACUACAACAGCGUGGUACGGCCAGUGGAAGACCACCGCCAGGCAGUGGAGGUCACCGUGGGCCUGCAGUUGAUACAGCUCAUCAAUGUGGAUGAAGUAAAUCAGAUUGUGACAACCAAUGUUCGUCUGAAACAGCAAUGGGUGGAUUACAACCUAAAAUGGAAUCCAGAAGACUAUGGCGGCGUGAAAAAAAUUCACAUUCCCUCAGAAAAGAUCUGGCGCCCAGACCUUGUUCUCUAUAACAAUGCAGAUGGUGACUUUGCCAUUGUCAAGUUCACCAAAGUGCUCCUGGACCACACAGGCCACAUCACAUGGACACCUCCAGCCAUCUUUAAAAGUUACUGUGAGAUCAUCGUCACCCACUUUCCCUUUGAUGAACAGAACUGCAGCAUGAAGCUGGGCACCUGGACCUAUGAUGGCUCUGUGGUGGCCAUCAACCCGGAAAGUGACCAGCCGGAUCUGAGCAACUUCAUGGAGAGCGGGGAAUGGGUGAUCAAGGAGGCCCGGGGCUGGAAGCACUGGGUGUUCUAUGCCUGCUGCCCUUCCACCCCUUACCUGGACAUCACCUACCACUUCGUCAUGCAGCGCCUGCCCCUCUACUUCAUCGUCAAUGUCAUCAUUCCCUGCCUGCUCUUCUCCUUCCUAACCGGCCUGGUGUUCUACCUGCCCACAGACUCAGGGGAGAAGAUGACUCUGAGCAUCUCUGUCCUGCUGUCCUUAACCGUGUUCCUUCUGGUCAUCGUGGAGCUGAUCCCCUCCACCUCCAGUGCCGUACCUUUGAUUGGGAAAUACAUGCUGUUCACCAUGGUUUUUGUCAUCGCUUCCAUCAUCAUCACCGUCAUCGUCAUCAACACGCACCACCGCUCACCCAGCACCCACGUCAUGCCCGAGUGGGUGCGGAAGGUUUUUAUUGAGACUAUCCCAAAUAUCAUGUUCUUUUCCACCAUGAAAAGACCAUCCAGAGAAAGACAAGACAAAAAGAUUUUUACAGAAGACAUUGAUAUUUCUGACAUUUCUGGGAAACCGGGACCUCCACUCAUGGGCUUCCACUCUCCUCUGAUCAAACACCCUGAGGUGAAAAGUGCCAUCGAGGGCGUCAAGUACAUCGCAGAGACCAUGAAGUCGGACCAGGAGUCCAAUAAUGCGGCAGAGGAAUGGAAAUAUGUGGCCAUGGUGAUGGACCACAUUCUCCUUGGAGUCUUCAUGCUUGUCUGUAUCAUUGGGACCCUGGCUGUGUUUGCAGGUCGACUCAUUGAAUUAAAUCAGCAAGGAUGAGCCAAGAGCUAAGCUGGGCUCACCUCUGCCCCAGGACCAAGCAGAGCAGAGAAAGGCAGUGAAGACAGGAGGGUUCAUCUACUUGGUUCACUCAUCAA